CUCCAGGGGUUUGGGUGCACAAACCCCAUCCAUCCAGCAUCCCUCCUCACUACUCUAGUUCCCGCCCUCCUCCACUUGGUCCCACUGGGUUUGCAAAUUCUCCUGACUGACGGGCCAAUGAGUUAGCCCUGACGUAUGUAACCGUCCAGAAACCCUUUCAGCUCCCUCCAACGGUUAACGAUCAUCAAUACGCACUUGUCCCUGCGUGGAAAAACUGCUUAAUGUCGUUGUAAAUAGCUGCUCACCGUGGGGAGUCUGCCGAGAUGACUGGUAAACCGCUGGUGUGCAGCAUCCGUAAUCCCCAUCCCAUCACCAUCGGCGACCCGCGAGCAGAGUUCUCCAGCGGAUGUGCCGUGGUCGACGUGACUUUCCCCAGCACCAAAAGUGUCGAUAUAGGUGAAAUCACCUUUAAGAACAACUACACAGCCCUCCUGUCUAUCAAACUCAAGGUCAGGGAAGAAAAUGAAAAAGAAGAGGAGGAGCCAGCUGAAAGUGACGGUGAGACCACCCUGACAUGGGUGACAGGGCUGAAGAACGUACAGCUGAUGCCAGACCCACACUGCGAGGAUCGCGCUCAGAGCUACUACCGCAUCAAGAGAGAACAGCUGCUGACACCUCCUGACAAUGUGCUGUCUGUCAGGCUGGUCCUGCAGCAGCCCUCGCCUGUCUGGCUGUCCUUUGGGCUGGACGACAUCAAGUUCUACUCACCAAAGGACGAGACCUCGGAGCUGAUGCUGUCAGAGCUGGUGAACGGAGACAUGCCAGCUGACGAUGAGGCCAUGAACGACAUCAGGAAGAGGGUCAAGGAAAACAAGGACAUCCCACCUGUAGAGGAGAUCUCCACAUCGCUGCAGCAGAUGUGGGCCCUGUCAGAAACCGCCAGGAUCAACCAGACAGAGGCCUCCCUCGGCAGGUUUGAUGUUGAUGGGAGUUAUGACAUCAACUUACUAUCUUACACCUGACUACUGCCAGUACUGGGGAUGGAAAGAGUCAUGCUACUGGUUACCAUAGUGACUGUACUCUGGUGUACACUGUUCUCAUCUCACACCAUUCAAGAAAUAGUCUAUGUAUUACUAAGCUGCUUCACAGUUUGAACUGCUCCUGCUCAAGGUCAAAGGGCAGUUCACAUGUUUGGUUUAUGUCUCAAGGUUCUUCAACUUUGACUUUAAUAUUACCCUUUGUAUUUCAUGCACAAUCCAAACUGUGAAACAGCUUGAUGCUGCAGCCAGUUUUCACACAAAUAUUGUUUGGGUCCAACAUGUUUUGUUAUGUUUGAUAUUGUAAAAUAUAUUGCACUAUUUUUGCAUUAAUGUGUGGAAGAUGUACAUAUUUGAGUACCACAUAAUAUGAAGAGAUCAUGGAGUAUAUAUAGUGUAUAUAUAGAAUGUGUUUGUGUGUGUUGUGUAGGAAAUUAUCACUCAUUCCGUUACAAUGGCUCUAUGCCAGGUAAAUUUUAUACAGGAUGACAUCUGUGAAAAUAUGUUGUUCCUUGAGUGUGCUUCUAGAUGUAUAAGAGGUAUGGUAGCCUUGCAGUGUAGUUGCACAGAUUCUAGGUGUCAGUAAGGAGCACAAGACCUAUCCUAACUGUCCAUCAACCAAUGAUAUUCAAUGGCAACUAGCACGUAUUUCAAUUUUUAUGUUUUUAUUUUGUAUUUCUAUGUUUUCACAGAUGUAGCCUGGAAUAUUCUAUUCACUGCACCAUGUAUUAGUUUCAGCUAGUACAAAAUGUAGUAGUGACCUUGUGGCCAUUCCUUAAAUUGUUGUGAGCAACCUGUUGCUUUUAUACUAUUUGCAUACCGUUAUGCAAGGUGAAAUGGAAUAUAAGCAUUGUAAAUACACAGAGAGUACAUGGUUGUACCUUUUAGUUGAAGCUACAUGAAGCAUUGUUUGAUAAUUUCAAUAAAAGAAGACACAGUAUUGUCUUGUGGGGUUGUGGUUAUGUUAGAAGUGACCGGAAUGAAUUAUUGCAAAUGCCAUGUAAUUUUCCCCUAUACACUAAUUGUCGUGCAAACAAAAACAGCACGAAAACAUGUGAUAAAACUUGGCUAACCUGACUUGUGAAGGGUAACAAUGUUGGGUUAUUGUACCCUUCAGUGAAUAACUGUACACACCUUUCUGCUUACUGCAAAUACAGUCUUUUCUCUGUA